CAUACGUACAUAUAUCCACCUCUUUUGGAGCAACUUGGCGCGUAAAUUUCAUACAUUUAUAUAAAUUGGAAACAAAACGAAGCAAUUUUCUGCACACCUUUUUCGCAGUCGUCGGAAUAAACAACAACAAAAAGGACAACACCCAUUACUGGACCAAUUUUAUAAAACAAACGAACGCAAACACAAUCAACUCUACUCACCGACUCGUAGUAUUAUAUAUGUACUCCUAUAUGUAUCAUUUACAACAACAACAACUUUACAACGCAACUUUUUGGAUACACAUAUCUUUGAAUCAGCAAUAAGAGAAGCAACAGGAACUGUAGAAGGGGCCACUGUAAAAAGGAGGAAAAAGGAACGAAACAAAAAGAAGGAAAAAGGGCCACGACUCCCACAUACCCCUAAUACCAAAAUAAAUCCCAAAAACUAGCCAGCAAAAUUGGUCAAAUGUUAUGUUGUGGCUUCUGCUGUGGCAACAUGUCAAAACGAGACUACAAGGUGGCCACAACGGAUGGCAUCGAACUGGAGCCGCUGGGAGGCGAAAAGAGUGAGAAGGAAAAGGAUAAGGAAAAACAAACAAAUGGCGUCACAUUUGGUGGGGAAUCGAGUGGCGGCCGCCAGACCCGCACCGGUGUUGCCGUCUGCUCGCAACGUCGCGCCCUCCUCGUCGCCGGCAUCGUACUGGGAUCCCUGCUCCUGACGGCGAUUAUCAUUGCCUACGCUGGACCGCAAAAUGACUGUUCGUGUGCGGCUAAAACGACGUCUGGCUAUGAAACGGAUGAAGAGAACAACACACAGCCAUUCAAUCCGAUUGCAACAAACGGGGAGCCCUUCCCCUGGCUCGAGAAAACUCUGCCCACAAGUGCACGUCCGAUGCGCUAUAUGGUGACCAUACACCCCAACCUGACGACGCUCGACGUGAAAGGUCAAGUAACCAUCGAUCUGUUCGUGGAGAAGGAAACAAAUUUUAUUGUGCUGCACAUACAGGACCUCAACGUGACGGAGAAGGCCAUUGUGACGAGCGGGCCAAAGGGCUAUGCGCUAAAGAUUGUUAAGGUGCUGGAGUUUCCGCCACGCCAACAAUUGUACAUUGAAGUCAAGGAGAGACUGAAGAAGAAGUCCAAUUAUACAUUGAACUUGCGUUGGUAUUCCAAGCUGAGCCCCGAACCGGAAGGUUUCUAUGUAGACCAGUACGAGAGCUCCAAUGGACUGGAACGCCUGCUUGCAGCCACUGUCUUCAGGCCGAAUGGAGCACGCAAAGCCUUCCCCUGCUUCGAUGAGCCGCACGUGCGAGCACCCUUUCGCAUCUCCGUAUUUCGCGAUCGCUUCCAUAUAGGUCUUUCCAACUCGAUAGUACAUACGACAGAAGAUGUGGGCUUCUAUAUGGGCACAGGCUUGCUACGCGACGACUUCAUAGAGACGCCGCCACUGCCGGCCGAUGCUGUGGCCUGGGUUGUCAGUGAUUUCCAGCGCGAGUCGCUGCAACCCUCUGCUGCCUAUAUACCGACCACAGUGGCACCGGCCACUGCCGCAGGGGCCAAGAAGUCCGCCCAGAUGAACAACUACACGCAGCUGAAGAGCAAGAAUCCACCGGUACGCAACAUCACUGCCCUCACACAUUCUCUUAAUGUGAAUCUGACGCCACGUCACAAUGCAACGACAACCACAGCGCUGCCUACAAUUCUGAAUGGGAAUGGUAAACCCUCGAAUUUGACCGCACUAUCCCAAUCGAUGGGCUCGUCCAUCAAACGCGCACCCUCGUAUACCUUCUAUGCGCCGCGAGAUCUACUGCCGCGAUCCUCGUUCAUAUUGCACACAUCGCGGGAUGUGCUGGAGUAUUUGCAAACCUGGUUGGACAUCAGCUAUCCCCUUACAAAAGUGGACUUUGUGGCACUGCCUUCGCUGGAUCGCAAUCUCAUCUCCUCGUUGGGUCUGGUCACGUUGAAGACUUCGUUUCUCACCGAUCCCGAUUCCAUUACCACGGAGCAGUAUCAGUUUAGUGCUCUGCGCAUAGCCGAGGCCAUGGUGCGUCAGUUCUUUGGCGGCAUAACCUCCCGUAAGGUGCUGAAGGAUGUCUGGCUGUGGGAGGGACUCAUACAGUAUCUGGGCAUACACGCCCUCUCCCCACUCCAGGAGAGUUGGCCGCUGCGCGAGAUGUACCUGCUGAAGAUGGCCACCGCAGCGUUGGACAUUGAUGCCAUACAGGGCUGGGACAGCAUUAUGAAUGGCACGAGCCAUGAUGGCAACAACGAGGAGUUCUUUGUGCAGAAGACAGCGGCCAUAUUCUCAAUGCUGCACACCGCCAUUGGCGAGGAUCGCUUCCGGGGCUGCCUGGGUUCUUUCCUAAAGCUCAAUCGCUUCAAGACGGCCGAACCCUCAGAUUUGUGGACCAUAUGCACCAAGAAAGCGAACGGCUCGAAGAAUAUCAAGGACAUGAUGACACUGUGGACACAUCAGCCGGGCUUUCCACUGCUCACUGUCACCAAAAUGGGCAACAGCGUCUCCAUAGCGCAACGUCCCUUCAAACCAGCCGAUUUUCUAGCCAUACACGACGACUCGUACGAUGGCAACAAUUACAAUCAAACCACAUUGAAUGCCACGGAUAUGCCGAGCACGGUAGCACCAACACCGGCUAGUAAGCACAAAGGACCUGCACCCAUGAAGUGGAUAUUUCCGGUCACCUAUGUCACGGACAUUAAUAAUGCCAGCGAGACGCUGUGGAUGCAAAAUGUUGAUGUUACCUUCAACGUGCCGGAGAAUGUCAAGUGGAUCAAGGUAAAUGCCAUACAGAAUGGCUACUAUCGCGUGGUCUACAACGAUGACAACUGGGCCAGUCUUAUAGAGGAACUCUCUAACAAUCCGAAACGCUUCACCAGCGAGGAUCGCAUUGGUUUGUUGUCGGAUGCGUUCACCCUUUGCCACGCCAACUUGUUGCCCUGCGAGAUUACCAUGAACAUGAUACAAUAUUUACCCAGCGAGACGCAUUAUGGUCCCAUGGCCUUGGCAUUGCGACAUCUGGAGAAAUGGCGACGCAUUCUCAAAUACUCGGAGUGCUUUCUCAUGCUAUCCGAAUUUAUCAAAAUGAAAAUAUCCACGGUUAUGGAGAAAGUGGGCUGGACCGAUGAGGGAGAUGUAGCCAUUAGACUUAUGCGUCCUGAGGUGCUGCUAGCUUCAGUACUAUGGGAGGACAUUGAUAGCAUAACGAAGGCUAAGAACAUGCUCAAUCAAUUUCUCUACUAUAAUGGUUCGGCCAUACCGCCAAAUUUGCGCGAGGUCGUCUACACCGGUUCCAUACUGUCCGGUGAAUACAUUUACUGGCAACAUUGCUGGGAGCGCUUUGUUGCGCUGCAUCGCACCUCAGAGACCUUUGUGGAGCGCAUGCAGCUGCUGCGCGCGUUGGGCCGCACCAAGGACGCCUGGCUGCAGAAUCGUCUGCUCUCACAUGUCACCAUGCUGCCCACCGAUGAGGUGGUGCAGGUGCUCAAGGCCAUAGCAGGCACUCCGACGGGCGGCGCCAUGGCCUGCCGCUUCCUGCAGGCCAAAUGGUUUGAGCUGGAGAAGCGCCUAGGUCAGGGCACCUUGAGUUUCGCCAAAGUGAUAUCGGCCAUCACACAGUAUGGCGCCACGAAGUUCGACUAUGACGAGCUGAAAUCGCUGGUGCAUCGAUUUGGACGUGGCCAUGGCAUGGCAGUCUUGAACAUGACGCUCAGCAGCGUGGCCUCCAACGUGGAGUGGGUGGCCAGAUCCCAGACAGCGCUCUACAAAUGGGUGGAGAGCAAUUUGCACUCACAUUGAUGGGGCUUAUCGACUGUUGGCUGGAGGACGGCAUUGUUUAUUUUCUGGUUCAGCUGCUGCACUGCUGCAUGCCUUUCAGUAAAAUAUUUUGAUUUAGAUUGGAGUAAACGACUACUUGCUGCAUUUCCUCAUUUGUAAUUAUGUUCCUUGCAAUGACAAACACUGACACACAUACACACACAUACACUAAAUAAUCAAAUUAGAGAAAUCGAAUUCGUAUUUAUUUUAAAAACCAGAAGACACUAUGAAAUAAUAAUUACCAUAUCAUAUGCCAUACACUUGUGACUCAAGAAGGACAGAUCUCGGUUAGUUGACUCUUACUUUGAACGCCAUUAUAAGACGACAAACUCUUUUUGUUGGGAAAGUAAAGCAAAUUGUAUCUAUAUAUAACAUUCUAGUAAGUAUCCUAAACAAGAGAAUUAAUAUUAAUGUAUUAGAAGAACAACAGCAACAACACACCAAGCUCUUAUAGUAUAUGUAUAUGAAAACUUAUAAUACACUUUUCUAUUGUCUACAACUGAACAUGAUGGAUAUAUCUAUAUACUGUAUAUGUACAUAUAUUUUACAAACACAUACAUAUUUAAAAAACAAGCAAAUUUGUAAUAAGCGAGAUCAUAUUUUUUCAAAAAACCCAAACAAACAAAAAACAACAAAGA